CCCCGCCGCGGAAAGUUAAGUUUGGAGAGGGGGGACGAGGGGAACAUGGACAUGAAGAGGAGGAUCCACCUGGAGCUGAGGAACCGGACCCCGGUAGCCGUUCGAGAACUUGUCUUGGACAAUUGCAAAGCAAUGGAUGGAAAAAUUGAGGGGUUAACAGAUGAAUUUGUGAACUUAGAGUUCCUCAGUUUAAUAAGUGUAGGCUUGUUUUCAGUUUCAGACCUCCCGAAGCUACCUAAAUUGAAAAAGCUUGAGCUCAGUGAAAAUAGAAUCUUCGGAGGUCUGGACAGACUAGCAGAAGAACUUCCAAGCCUCACACAUCUGAACCUAAGUGGAAAUAACCUGAAAGACAUCAGCACCUUGGAGCCGUUGAAAAGGUUGGAUUGUCUGAAAAGACUGGAUCUGUUUUGCUGUGAGGUCACUAACCGGAGUGAUUACCGAGAAACUGUCUUCAGGCUUCUGCCCCAGCUGUCCUAUCUGGAUGGCUAUGACCGAGAGGACCAGGAAGCACCUGACUCUGAUGUGGAGGUGGAUAGUGUAGAGGAAGCCCCCGACUCGGAUGGAGAGGUGGAUGGUGUGGACAAAGAGGAAGAGGAUGAAGAAGGAGAGGAGGAAGAGGAAGAGGAAGAUUAGGAUGGUGAGGAAGAGGAAGAUGAAGAUGAAGAGGAUGAGGAUGAAGAUGAGGAUGUAGAAGGAGAAGAUGAUGAAGAUGAAGUGAGCGGGGAGGAAGAAGAAUUUGGACAUGAUGGGGAAGUUGAUGAAGAUGAAGAAGAUAAGGAUGAAGAUGAGGAUGAAGAGGAGGAAGAAAGUGGGAAGGGUGAAAAGAGAAAGAGAGAAACAGAUGACGAAGGAGAAGAUGAUUAAGACCCGAAACAACCUGCAAGAAACAGAACUGUUGAGUAUUGGUUGGACUGCUCAUGGAUUUGNUAGCUGUUUUAAAAAGGUAGCUGUGAUACAAGCCCCAGGACACCCCCGCCCAAAGAGCCAAAGAAUAGUUCCCGCGACAUUCCGCCUUCCUCCGUUAGCCCCUUGGUAAUCCACCACCAAGCCUGGGGACUUCGCCCCAACAAAAUUGUAAACGUUGUUAGGUUUUCGUGUAAGACUCUUGCUGUAUCGUGACAGCUGUGAUUGGUGAGUUACCGUCCUGGCUGCCAGUUACACUGCGAUUGUAACAACAUUUUUACUUUCUGUACAACAAGGAAAAGCUUUGUAAAUAAAAUCUUAAC